GUGCAGAAGGAUUGCAGAAGGAUUGCGGACGACGUUCGUUUGCGGAUAUAGUGCGGCACAGCAGGAAUGCAGAGAGAGUCGGUUCACCUCUUGCAGCUCAUCUUCCAACUUCUUCCAGCUCGUUUUCCAGAAUGGCUCCUAGAAGGAAAACUUUGGAUGACAACAGUUCAAGUGCAAGUAAAUCAACUAGCUCAUUAAUUUGGUCUAAGCUCAUGGAUGAUGCUCUUAUUGAUGCAUAUUUGAAUCAAGAUACUCUAGGCAACAGAGUGGGUGGAACUUUCACUACACACGCUUAUGAUAAUAUCCUUAAGGAACUAAAAGAAAAGUUUCCUGAUAAACCGAUUGACAAUGAUAAGAUUCAAAAUCGGAUGAAGAAUAUCAAAAGGAUUUGGUAUCCAUGUUACGACUUAUUCAAAUAUGGUGCUAGUGGCUUUGGUUGGAAUCCCGCGACGGAAAUGUUCACUGCUGAACCUGAAGUUUGGCAACGCUUGAUUGAGGUGAAACCAGAAGCUGCAGAAUGGAAAAAUAAGCAAAUGCGUAACUUUCACAAGUUAUGCUUGCUAUUUGCGAAAGAUAGAGCUGAUGGGAUUCAUGCGGAAACUGCAGCUGAAAUGAGAAAAAGAAAAAAUACUUUUAAUGAAGAGAGCGAAGUUUACACAUCAUUGGAUAAUAUUGAUGAUUUGGAUUCAAUACUUGAAAGUGAUGUUAAUGUGGAAAACCCUUUUACAUCUCAACAAAGUGGACAGAGAAAUACAGCUCAAGGGGUCCCUACUCAAAAUGAAGAAGAAAUUGUGCGGUCUCACUCAAUAUCUCAUGACAAGGCAUCCUCAAAGGGAAAAGCCAAGAAGAAGAAGGCUAAAGUUGAUGGAGAAGUUGUGCUUCUCAAAGAAGGACUUGAUAAUGUCGCUCAAGCUAUCACAACUUCAACAUCUGAAAUCGUUAAAGCGACCACUCUUCCAAUCUCAGAAAGUGAAGUUUGGAAUUUAUUAGUUGAUUUAAAUAUUGCUGCUGAGCAUCGUAAUGCAUGCUAUCUGUUUCUUGUUCAGAAGCCCGAUAUGCUGAGAGCUCUUCUUGGAUGUCCAGUUGAAAGCCAGAGCAGUCUUCUUUAUGACAUGAUGGCAUGAGCUAGCGAAUUGACGUUUUAUCAUUAUAUUUUUUAAUUUAACGUUCAAACAAUUUAUGCACUUUGAGACUAUAUUACUUUUGCUUGGUCUGGAACUGUUGUAUUGCUAUUUGAUGAUUUGGAACUAAUUUUGCUCAUAUUUUUUGGUCCCAUGUAUUACACAUUUUUCGAAUGGUCGUAAUUUAUAAUUGAAAUUGAGAGUCGU